CCCCUCUCUCCAUCGAACUUGUAAGGGCGCGCAUUUUUUGAAUUUCGAGCUUGUGGGUGGGGGCGUGUGUAAGAGCGCGCCUAUCUUUCAACUCGAAGAACUACACUUUGUUUCCAACUUACUCUGAAUGGCUGAGGUUGCAGAAGAAUAUGAUCCCAAAUAUGAGUUCCUUGCGCCGAAAUACGUUAACUUACUAGAAGCCGCUUCUGAGGCAGCUCUUUAUGAUGGUGCCGAUGAAUGGUUCGAUCAACUCCAGUCAAAGACUGAGUUGGUCAAGGAAUCCUUGGUGACACAACAAGAAAUACGGUCUAAAGAGCAGAAAUCUUCCCUAGAUUCAAAAAAUGAAGGAGAACGAAACGCUGGAUAUUUAGGGCAAAGUGGAAAAGAACUUUACGGUGAAGUCGACUCCACUACUCACUUUCAAGAAAAGAAUGCCUCAGAGAAGGAAAAUUAUAGUGGCCAAAUAAAUGCCAAGGGUUCAGUCGAAGAAAAUCGGGAAAAGAAAGAAUAUCCAGUCACGCAGAAGGAAGAAACUUCCCCACCUUCUUUAAGCAACAGCAGAGACAGUCAUUCAAGCCAACCAGUAGAUCAACAACCGCACAAAACAUUUCCAAUCAAAGGCAACGAGGGAUUCUCGAAUAUCAAGCAUUAUUCGAAAUCAGAAAAAUCUAUUUUAACAGAGCAGUUGGAAUCAGGCAAUAGGAACAAAGUACAACAUAAAAACAAAUACUUCAAUGGCAGCAGGUGUGAUGAAUCUAUCGUGACGAAAGGAAGUAGAUGCAAAACUGCAAAUUCAGUUCAACAUGUCGAGGAAUCUAAGCAAAAUCUCUCCUGUGUUCGAAAAAACAGAAGUGUUGGUCCUCCAGCUUUUCGAACAGAGCAACGCGCAUUUCUACAUAAGGAAAGAAGGAAAUCAUCGACAGAUAUGAACUCUAAAGUCAAUGAGCCUCGAACACCCAAAAAUUUUGGAGCAUCGUGGAAGCCUCGUAUAACGAUACCACAGUCACCGAAAUUCCAUUCUGAAAGACGAUUGCGACACUGUGUCGAACGUGCUCUUCGACCGGAACCGAAUGCUAAAAUGCAACUAGUCAAAGUGGUCCGGCGAGUCCACGGUCAAACCCUCACGGUGCCAGAGUCCCCAAUCUUUCAUACCCAGAAAAGAGCUGACACUCAUCGUGCACUCAAGGGGGUUCCAUUAACAUAUGAGGAAGAAGAAAUGCAAAAAAUACAGGCGGAGCGAAACGCUUUAAGGAAAACAAUUCGUUCAGGUCGACAAAACUGUGCGAAGACAUUCAACUUUCAUGAUCUCAAACCAACAAAAGACACCAACCAGAGAAUGGCAACAAUACCACGUACAUUUACUUUUGCCACGCAGGAAAGAAGUUUACAAAGACGAAAUAGUGCGCUCAAUGGAACAACUUCAAAAACUAUCGGAAAAGUCUUUUUGGAUAACAACAAACAUGUGGAGUCACGAAAUACUUCCAUGACUCUAGACCAGAAGUUGCUGAAAAUUCCUUGUCGCUUGCCAGCAGAGCGAUCAGUAGGCAACAAACCACAAAGUUCAGUGAAAUUAGGCUCUCCUCCAAGUACUGUUGAGACUGAGAAAGAAGAUUUCUCGACAACAAGGAAACCCCAAUCUAUUAGCAAUCUCUCUAGAAAGAAAAGUUCUUUCGUAGCAGAUCCAAAAAAGGACGUUUUCACGAGGCUUUAUGAACAUGGAAAACGUCGAACUUGCGAAGCUUCGCCAACUACCAACAAAUCCCUUUUGACGGACAACAAUAGAACGCGACAACCAGUUAUCUUAAGCGGUCGCUCUCUACCACAAACACGACCAGUUUCCAACGUGACUGACGCAAAGGACAAGAAGGUUGACGACAAGAGACACGUGGAACACAGUACAUUGCGACCUCAGUACGCGUUCCGUCAUAAUUCUCCUGUUCAUAAUAAGUCAAGAAGGGCCUCUAGGGUUCCAUUGGUUGAAAACGAACAAGUUGUGGAAACGUCGACAAAAAUGAAUUGAACUGUGGCUAGUUUCCUUUUAUUGUACUCAAUAAAAGUUCCAGAAUAGUUUUGGUGAUUUGUUUGUUCACGUCGAAGAGUAUGUCACGCUCGUGUCCAUCGGAAUAGGACGCGUGCAUGUCCAAC